AUGGGAUCUCCACAGCAACCCCACCAGCAACCUUAUGUAAAUACUAUUACCUCUACUUUUGAUAUGGGGGAUGAGAUAGUGCAAGAACAUGAUGGCUCCAAUUUCAUCCCUCUGACUGCAGAUGAUAAGGACCGCAUCUAUAAGCCAUGGCAGAAUUCCCUAAUCAUCAAGCUUAUUAGGAGAAGAAUGACCCAUCAACUUCUAAAACAAAAGUUAACCAACAUUUGGAAACCUACUGAGGAAAUUAAUUUAGUAGAUUUGGGUUCAGAAUACUUCCUGCUGAAAUUUGCCAAAGAGCAAAAUAUGAAUCAUGUAUUACAUGAUGGCCCUUGGUUUGUGCAAAAUGGCUAUUUUUCAGUCCAAAGAUGGGAACCCAAGUUCGUGGCUUCGAAAGCAAAUGAGGCAUAUACAGCACUCUGGCUUCGUCUACUAAAGCUACCAAGUGAGUUCUACGACUUUGAAAUCCUACGCAAAGUAGGUGAUAGGGUUGGUCUGCUGCUACGGGUAGAUACGUGCACAUCUAUGACUUCUCGAGAAAGGUAUGCAAAGUUGUGUGUUCAAGUGCCGAUGGAGCAACCUCUACUCCAUCACGUAUAUAUUGGAUCCCACAUACAAGAAAUACACUAUGAGGGUUUCAAUAUGUUAUGCACCUUGUGUGGUAGAGUUGUCCAUCAAACAAGGUUCUUCCAUUACAAGACAUCGCCACAACUGCACUGUACCGAUGACAAGCCAAUGGGGAUGAAUAAUGUUCCAACCAUCGAAUCGAAAUGA